AUGGCGAUUGGAAUGUCCCCUGACGAAGCUACUCCGACCGUGACCAAGGACCGCCCUGGCAGCAUCAAAAUCAUCGAUUUUGGCGUCGCCUCUUGGGUCGACAAGCAUCUCAGCAAUAACAUCCAACCAGAGCACCUGAGGCCCCCGGAGGUAUUCCUUCGUGCUCCCUGGGGACCUCCAGUAGAUAUCUGGAGCCUGGGCUGUCUGGUGAUUGAGCUUGUCAAAGGGCACGUUGCCUUCCCUGGGAAGGCCGCCAAAGACGGAUCCCAUAGCUCUGAGGACGAUCAUCUCGGGCAGUACAUGGAAGUUUUCGGGCCGAUGCCACCUGCUCUCCUGAGUCGGGGCUCCAGGACGAGCGAAUACUUCGACGGGGAAGCGGAGGAGGUGCCGAUCUUUGUCGACAUCCUCGAAGGGGCAUUGACUCUGGAUCCUCAAUACCGGAAGACGGCAAAAGAACUGUUGCAUCAUGACUGGCUUCGAGGAGACGCAGACCGCUUAGCGGACCAGGCAACCAUCGACAAGCAUUACGAACAGCACAAUCUGGACCGUAGGGGCGGUCAGAUAGCUGAGAUCACGUCUGCUUGGUGA